GGCAGCAGUUCUUUGGCGUAGAAAGCGAGAAGACAAUGGCGACUGUGGAGCUGAGCAGCAACUAUGGAUUUGUGGUGUUGAUCGUUGUGGCAAAGUUUGUUCUCAACGUUUGGAUGAUGUUGCAGGUCGGCAAGGCACGGAAGCGCUACAAGGUGCCUUACCCAACUCUGUAUGCUCUUGAGAGCGAGAACAAGGAGGCCAAGCUAUUCAAUUGUGUCCAGAGGGGUCACCAAAACACUCUGGAACUCAUGCCACUCUUUCUCACUCUGCUCCUCCUUGGAGGUCUUAAGUACCCGAUUGUGGCAGCACUGUUUGGAGCUUUGUACAUUGUGACUCGCUACUUUUAUUUCACGGGCUACUCUACCGGCAUUCCAGACAACAGGCUAUCCAUUGGGUAUUCUUCCGAUUUAUCAAUCUUGGACGGUUUUUGGAUGUUUGAUUCGUGCAGGAAGUUUUCUUUCAUUGGCCUGCUGGGACUUCUAGUGUGCACCUUUUUGUUUGGUAUAGGAUUACUCUUUUAGAAGUUUAGCUCGCAAAAUACAUGGAGUGUUUUGAUCGUUCUCUCAAAAUGUCUAAGAGAGUUUCUUUCGGUAUUGAAGAAUUCGUUUUUUACUUAUGCAGAAA